UAACCACGAGAUUUUUAUACGUUUGAAGCAGGGGGUGCGGCACUUAAUGGAACACCUUUUCCCCUGGAAUCUUCUAUCCUCCGCCUCUGACCUAAAAUAUUAGUGAUGAUCGAUUUGAUUCGAUGAGGGACGCCCAGAUGGGGCCCAUCUCCAACGCUCCUUAUUCCCUGUUCCCACCCACCCGUGCCAAUCGCCACGUCAGCAAUCUUCCCUCGUUUUGACGCCCGCACUUAAGAUACGAAACCCAUCCCAUUCACCUUCCCCAUUUCUUCAGGCUCUUAGGCCCCCGUUAUCUCUCUCAGGAGAGAGAGGACAGCGACGACCACCAGGGCGAGAGCAAUUAGCGCCGGAAUUAGGAUUAGGGUUAGGGUUUCGGUUUUGUCUUCUGGAGUUCUCUUGCUUCGUGUUCUUCUCCCAAUUCCAAUUGGAGCGAUGGAGGCGGAGACCCACUCAACGCCGCUUGAUGGGUCGUCGACGGCCGAUGCGGUAUUCGCGCGAAGAUGCUGCUGCUUCUGGAUCCCCUGGUCCAGCGGGCGCUCUUCGUCGGCGCCGUCUUCCGUCGAGUGGUGGCAGCGGAUGGGGGUGUCGGAGAGGGUCGAUGAGCGGGGCGGGUGGUGGAGCAGGGGGAGGAGGGCGGUGAUGAAGGUUCGUGAGUGGUCGGAGCUCGUGGCUGGGCCCCGGUGGAAGACCUUCAUCCGGCGCUUCAACCGGAACCCUCGGCACGGUGGCGGGGUCGUCCGGAUGGGGUCUGCAAGGUUUCAGUACGAUCCCUUGAGCUACACCCUCAACUUCGACGAGGGCCACGGCGGUAGCCCCGAAGGGGACUACACCGGCUACCGCGACUUCUCCACCCGCUUCGCCGCCCCGCCGGCUCUCGCCACGUCCUCCGUGGAUCUUGCCGGCCGGGACGUUCCGCCGGUCUUCUCCGCCGCCGCCGGCGUUCGUUGAGGUCGCAGAUGGCGUGCCUUGGAGGGGUUUCUGGAAGCGACGGGAGGGGAGAGUUUUUACGGGCGCACGUUGCUGUAUUUUUUUUUUUUUAAUUGCUUGUUUUGUUCUAUUCUGCGUCUUUAAUAAUAUCUAUCUAUAUAAAUAUAAAACAAAAUGCCGUCGUUUUCUUUCUUAGCUUAGCUUGCGUUUCCUGGUUGGAGAAAUUAAGCGCGUGUGGUGUACAAAUGUAAUAAGUGGGAAUUAUUUGUGGCUUUUGUUUUUCUCCUCUCUUUGUUUUGAAAAUGGCAUCAAUUUACAGCUAAUGUAACGCACUGUCAUCCUGAUUUUUGCAAGCCAUACAAAAUUGUUUGUUAGAGGAUCCCACCGGACAUGCAAGGAGACGGGCGACUGUUAUUUGUUUGAGACACCUUUUAGAUGCCUUGUUUCGCUGUAUCAAAAAAAUAAAAAUAAAAAAAAUGUCUUGUUUGGGUUUGUAAAUAAAUGUCAGCAUAGGCUGAAUAAGAAAUUCUGUUAAUCCAAAUGUUAAAAUGUUAUUUGGAUUUUUCAUUUGUUUGGAUAUUUCUAUAUGAUUAGAUUGAAAAUUUUAUAAAAAUCGGGCUUGGAUA